AAUGCUUGCAAACCUUCUUGGAGACGCAUGUCAUAGCAGCUAGGCUGGGGCAUCUUUCCAACAGAGCCACAAAUGCACAAGGGAGGAUAGUAACCUGUCUUUUGUUUCAGAGAUCUCAUGAUCAAAACGGCUGCUCUGAGGCUCAGUCCAAGAGUCUGCUAAAUUCUGUUAAAAUGAAUUGAUAGGGAAAAUUAACCAAAUUUGUACAGCCUAUUAUUUCUGCCAGGCUUCAGAGGAUUUCACGCUGUGUAAGCUCUGCAUGCUGGUGACUUAUAGUUUACUAUGGAGAUGAGUUCUCAAACUGAAACUGGACUUCGCCUUGCAGCAAGUUCUUGGGUGGAGAGAUAACUUUCACCUAAGCUUAAGCAUUUCUGCGUACUGAGCCGGGAAUCCAAUUACAACUGGCUAUGGAGGAAGAUUUUUAAGAUGAAUCCCUACCUUGAUGACAAAUACAAUUCAUCAAUACCUGGAUAUUUGGAAGAGUCUGUGCUAAAUAAUGGGAGUCUCUCUUCAAACAACACAAACCAGACAGCAAGCAAUCUGAAUUUACCUGCUUUGGAUAUCACUAGGGCUAUAACUGUGGGGCUUGUCCUAGGUGCCUUCAUACUCUUUGCUAUAGUAGGUAAUAUCUUGGUAAUUCUCUCUGUAGCUUGCAAUAGGCAUUUAAGAAUCCCUACAAAUUAUUUUAUAGUUAAUCUUGCAAUAGCAGACUUGUUGCUGAGUUUUACUGUCCUUCCAUUUUCUGCUACACUAGACAUCCUUGGCUAUUGGGCUUUCGGGAGGAUAUUUUGUGACAUCUGGGCAGCAGUUGAUGUACUGUGCUGUACCGCUUCUAUCUUAAGCCUAUGCGCAAUUUCUAUCGAUAGAUAUAUAGGGGUGCGUUAUUCCCUUCAAUAUCCAACUUUGGUAACUAGAAGAAAAGCAAUUCUGGCCCUCCUAAGUGUCUGGGUCCUCUCCAUGAUAAUCUCUAUUGGACCCCUUCUGGGUUGGAAGGAACCAGCACCCAAGGAUGAUAAAGUGUGCUGCAUCACUGAAGAACCUUUCUACGCCUUGUUUUCUUCCUUGGGAUCCUUUUACAUCCCUUUGAUUGUCAUCCUGGUGAUGUACUGUAGAGUCUACAUAGUAGCCAAAAGAACAACUAAAAACUUGGAAGCUGGAGUCAUGAAAGAAAUGUCUGAUUCCAAGGAGCUGACUUUAAGGAUUCACUACAAGAACAUUCAUGAGGACACACUAAAUAGCACCAAGUCCAAGAGUCACAAUCCCAGGAACUCCAUAGCUUUCAAACUUUUUAAAUUCUCUAGAGAAAAGAAGGCAGCCAAGACCUUGGGAAUUGUAGUUGGCAUGUUUAUCUUGUGCUGGUUACCUUUCUUCAUAGCUCUCCCACUAGGGUCUAUGUUUUCUGUACUCAAGCCUCCUGAAACGCUCUUCAAGGUAAUAUUUUGGCUUGGCUACUUCAACAGCUGCUUGAAUCCAAUUAUUUACCCCUGCUCAAGCAAGGAGUUCAAGAGGGCUUUCAUACGAAUCCUGAAGUGCCAGUGUCACCAGCGGAAGCGGCUAGGCUGGUGGACCUACAACUACAGGACCUGGAACCGAGGCUCCUUUGAACACUCUCGCAAGGACUCACUGGAAGAUGGUGGGAGCUUCCUAAGUGGAAGUCAGAGGACGUUAUCCUCAGCCACGCCAAGCCCAGGCUACCUGAGCAAAGUCACCUGCCCACACACGGAAAUGUGCACAUUCCAGGAGUGGAAGAGCUCCAGCGCUUUCCUGAACCCCCUCGAGGAAGGCAGCAGGCAAAAGGACUCAUGUCAUCUCUUCACCUUCAAGCUCCUGACAGAGCAUAACGGACACAUCGCUGCUGGCAGCCAGGCCUCCAGCAAUGGGGGCUGUGAGACCAUUUGUGACACACUGAAAGGCAAAGCUGACCGCAGAACAAACGUGACUGUUGGGAUGAGCAAAUUCUAAACUUGUCUGGAUACAGAAGAGCACGGACUCUGCACUUGUCUUCAUUCAUUAACUUGUUUAGCAUUUGGUCCGGUUUCAGAAAUGAACCUACACUCAAUCUAGGCAUGGUGAAGGCAGUGCUUCCAGACUAGCAAGUUCAGGGAGAAAAGCAGUAACAGGCAGCCCAGUGUCAAGCAAAGUGCAGUCACUGUAGGGGUUGUUUGUGUUUUAAGCUCAUGGCCAGAGAUGCUGUAGAAAUAUAUGCAUAAAACAGGGGAGAGACCCCAUAAAGGCUGAGGAUUAAAAUGUUGCAGAGCAGUCAAACAUGUAUGUAUAUAGACAGCAUGUGUAAAUAUAGAGUGUGUGUGUAUUAGCAAUGUGUUUGGAUAUAUUUGAGUGUCACAAAGAAAGUGGACAACUUUGUUGUGUGGUUAUUUGUAUUUAUCCAGAGUACCAGCUCCCUCUGUUUUUGCCUGUAGAAGUCUUACUUGUUGUGCACUUCGCUGAACAUUAGCACUUUAGAAAUUGAAAACAACGUCAAACAUUAAAGUAAUUUCCCCUACCUCGAACAUUUUUGCUGAUUGAUAUACAACAGGGGUGGGCAAUGUUUUUGGGCAAAGUGCCAAAAACACCCACAACCUCAACUUGAAGAUGUUAGCAUGCCAGGGGCAGACAGCUGGGGAGCCAUGAGGGCCCAACCCUUAUUGUGGCAAUGCAGCCCCAGCCUUUCCCCACUGUCCACCCUGAGGCAUGCAUGCUAAGCAAAAUGCCUUCUCAUGCACUGGCACCGGUGCCAGGGGGUUGCCUACCCCGAUAUACAAUCAGAAUUCCAGCUUGUCCAUUUUCCCAUUUUGAUGCAUACACGCUUUCUCCUCCCAUCUACCCCAACACUGAAACAAUGUAUGCCACUGGAGGCCCUAAUACCCUUUCAGCCAGCUCUGUGGAUUGACUCAUAUAGCCAAUCUGCCCCCUGUUCUUUUUUGAAAGCUUGGAAAUGGCAGCAGAGUUAAUUGUCCUCUGAGUGCACAAGCGACCAAAGGGUCUGAUCUGCAAGGCGACACUCAUACAUUGUUCCAAGUCUCUCAUAAACAUCAUUGUGGACAUAGCACAAAAGAUCACUGACUGCUGGAGGCCAAAUAUCUAGCCUGGGAGCAAAAAUGCUGGGUGUUAAUAAAAUGUGUUUGGUUCUUCUGGCACCAUUUGGUGGGGAUACUGCACUCUUAGUGACUUUUGCUUUGUUACUGAAAUCAGAACCAGGUAAAUCAAGAUGCAUUUAUAUGCGAGUUCCCCUUUCUCUUGCAUUUUUCAGCUCAAUAACACAUAAUUGUAACUUAGGGAAUCUCUGUGGACAUCUUCUAGUAUAUUUUAAGCCAUGUUUGGCAGUUGUUUUCAUCUUUUCCAAUUAUGUGUGAAUCAUGAAGCUAAUGACUGUGAAUUUUUACAUAAAGUGGUACAAACCAUGA